AUGCCUGUUCUAAAUCUCAGCGAGCUCAAUAUUGUGCUCAGCGUCUUGGGCGCUUUCACGAUACUGUAUGGUAUCAUCUCUGUCAAAAUCAAGCAGGCUUGGUAUCUUGGUGAAGCCCUCCCCGCCGUCUUCAUUGGCGUCAUCCUCGGACCUUUAGCAGCCAAAUUUAUCGAGAGCGAGAAAUGGGGCUCUGUCGAACCAGGCCAGACUAACGCCAUCACUCUGAACCAGGGCGUCGCUCGGGUUAUGAUUGGCGUUCAGCUCGUCAUCGCAGGUUACCAACUCCCAGCCAAAUAUGGUCUCACACGGUGGAAAGAAAUGGCACUUUGCCUUCUCCCCAUCAUGACCGUCAUGUGGCUCUGUACAACAGCCUGUAUCAUGCUCACGAUUCCCAAAUUAACACUCCUGGCCGCUCUCGUCAUCGGCUCCUGCGUCACCUGCACCGAUCCCAUCCUAUCACAGGCCAUCGCCAAAGGCCCUUUCGCCGAUAAAUAUGUCGCUCGUCCACUACGUGAGAUCAUCUCUGCCGAAGCGGGUGCCAAUGACGGUUUCGGAUUCCCGUUUUUGAUGCUUGCUACAUACUUGAUUCAGCAUGCGGAGAUCCCUGGUGCUGCUGCCAAGGCUGGAGCCGCAGGUGAAGCCGGUCAUUCCAUUGCUCAUGCUUUGAUGGCUCGUGCUGGUGAGGUUGGACGUCUGGGUGGUGGAGUUGGAGUGGCUCUCACAGAAUGGUUCGUUGAGACGUGGCUGUAUACCAUUGUCUUGUCCAUUGCCUAUGGUGCCGUUGUUGGGUAUGGAUCUUGCAAGGCUGUUCGCCUUGCUCUGAGAUGGAAGUGGAUCGAUAACGAGUCUUACGUCCUCUUUCCCACAGCCCUGGGCCUGUUCAUCGUCGGAACCUGCGGAGCUCUCGGCACUGACGACCUUUUGGCCUGUUUCGUCGCUGGCUGCGCCUUGAACUGGGACGGCCACUACCUCCGCGAGACUGAACUCCGUCACGACGAAGUUAAUUCAUGUGUUGACGUCCUUCUCAAUUUCGGCGGAUUCAUGUACAUCGGUGCUAUUCUGCCUUGGUCAGACUUCAACGACCCUACUGGCACUGGCAUCACAUGGGGUCGUCUUCUAGGUCUUGGACUCCUCGUUCUCAUCUUCCGCCGAUUACCCGCCAUUUUUGCCUUUUAUAAGCUGAUGCCUGGUGUUUGCAUAAAUUGGAAAGAGGCACUCUUCAUGGGUUAUUUCGGACCCAUCGGCGCUGGCGCCGUUUUCUAUGUUGAGCACGCCAGACAUUUGUUUCCGCAUGAUGGUGAGGGUGAUGAGGAGGAGACCAACCUCGUGCGAGCUAUGGGGCCAACAGUUUACUGGCUCGUGCUGUUCUCUAUCAUUGUCCACGGUCUAUCGAUCCCUGCGCUCAACGUCUUUUAUCACUACACCGGCAAGGCGCCUAUCAAGGAGGAUGCUGUUGAGCUGAGGCGCAUUUCCAUGCAGGUUGCCACCCCUGCCAAUGCGGUGGCUGGCGAUAAGGAUACUUUUAUUGCGUACAAUCGCUUUAGUCGCCAUGUCGAUGCCAAUGCUGUCGGCUUGCCGGUUAGCAGGUCUGCUAAUGAGGAUCAUGAGUUUUCUGAUGACGAGGAUCUUGACAAGGAGCGCCAAUCUCCGAAGAAGGGUGGUUUGACAUUUGUCUAA